AUGCCGCCCAGCAAAGCGGGCGCGGGAAGCAAGCAAUCGUCUUUGCUCGGCUUCUUCUCCAAAGUGCCAGCCACACAAUCACCAUCGGCCAAAGCGUCAUCCACUCAGGCAAAGCCACAACAACAGAAAAGCGCGGCGAAGGAAGCACCGACAGUGGCCAAAGCUGCCAAAGCUGUCAAGGCUCAGCCGCUCGAGACGCCUCCACCGAGCGAGUCGAGAUCCAGCGCUCGCGGCUCUCGAUCCGCACACGAUGAUGCGCCCGACAGCGCCUCCACUCGACCACCCUCUUCUUCCCCCACAUAUCACCGCUCCAGCUCUCUCACCACCGACAGCCUUCUCCCCGCCACACAAACUGCUCCCAUCGCAAGCUCCUCUUCCGAUUCUGGAGACCUGACUCCUCCACCAAGCAGUGACGCGGACGACAUGGACGUCGACGAAGAAGAAGACACCGAGCAGCCGCUUUUCCGUCGACGUGCUGCCGCCAAACGUCCCAAGACGUACGCCGAGUCCGACUCGGAAGGUGGCGCCGCAGUGGACAGCGAUAGCGAGGACGAUCUGCCAAAAUCCUCCAAGGGCCGAAGGAGUGGCCCCGCCAAACGAGCUCGCAAGUCGCGCGACGAAGACGACUUUAUCGUGCCAGACCACCAUGAUGAUGACGAUGAGGAGCUGCCCUUGGAUGCAGCCAACGCUUCAGACGAGAGCGACCAUUCCGCUGCGGAGGAAGACAGCGAUGAAGACGUCUUUGGCAAGUCAUCAUCGAAACGCGGCGGUUCCAACGCGACCAAGAAGAAAGCUCGCGUGUCUUCCCCUCCUGCGCCCUCAUUUUCACGUGCAGCAGGGUCGAACUCGGGUCUGAACGCCUUCAAGAUGGGCAGCAAUGCCGCCGGUGCUUCCUCGCCCAACUCCUUGCUGCAGAGCGCUGCCAGGAAUGGCGCCGCCUCGUCAGCGUCGCUCUCGCAUCUCACCAAAGCCGAGCGUCGCGUCAUCGAAGAGAAGCGCAAAAAGGCAGAGAACGAACAGGCCUAUAGCUUCUUGCUCGACCUUCGCGACAAGGACGGCAACCGUCCCGGAGAUGCUGAGUACGACUCACGCACCGUCUACAUUCCCAAGUCGGCCUGGAAGGACUUCACACCUUUCGAGAAGCAGUUUUGGGAGAUCAAGCAGAACCAUUGGGACACGGUGCUCUUCUUUCAGAAGGGCAAAUUCUACGAGCUCUACGAAGAGGAUGCGCUGAUCGGUCACCGCGAGUUCGACCUCAAACUCACCGACAGGGUCAAGAUGAAGAUGGUCGGCGUACCUGAAGCCUCGUUCGACAUCUUUGCCGCCAAAUUCCUCGCUUUGGGAUACAAGGUCGGCCGCGUCGAUCAGACCGAGACUGCUGUGGCCAAGGGCAUGCGCGUCGGUGAGCGCUCGCGUGGCGGCGGCUCCGAGAUCGUCAAUCGCGAGCUCCGACACGUGCUCACCAGUGGCACCAUCGUCGACGCUUCCUCGCUGCCCGACGACCUCAACAGCUACUGCGUCUCGAUCAAAGAGUCUGCCGAAGCCGGCCGCAACGGUCCCAUCUUUGGCGUGUGCACCCUCGACGCAGCCACGGCCGAGUUCAAUCUGACCGAGUUCGAGGACGACGAGUCGCGCACUAGACUCGAGACCUUGCUUCGAUCGCUGCGACUCAAGGAGGUGUUGCAUGAAAAGGCAGGACUGACUGCGCCCACAAUGCGCGUCCUGCGCGGUACCGUACCCACCACAGCGCAGAUCACCAUGCUCAAGCCGGGCGUCGAGUUCUUGGAACACGACACGACCCUGCGCAAGCUCAACGCUCUCUUCAAUCCCGAAGUGGAUGCAGAAGCUCGGCUGGAAUCGCUCGAUCCGGUGGACCCGUCGCUGCUUCCGGACGGCAUCGCUUCCAUGGUCGAUCGACCUUGCGCCAUGUCCGCGCUCGGUGGCAUGCUGGUCUACCUUGCCCAACUCAACCUCGACCGCGACCUGUGCUCCAGCCGCAACUUCAACAUCUUUGACCCUCUGCGUCAGGACAAGUGUCUCGUACUCGAUGCACAGUCCCUCACCCAUCUCAACGUCCUGCAGAACGACGAGGGCACCGACGAGGGCACGCUCCACCGCCUGCUCAAUCGCGCCGUGACUCCCUUCGGAAAGCGUCUCUUCAAGAUCUGGCUCGUCGCACCGCUUGCCACGGCAGACGCUAUUCGAGCCCGCCAAGAUGCGGUCGAGGAUCUCCUCAAGAAUCCCUGCUUCGGCGAUGAAUUCGAGACCUUUGGCAAAUCGCUACCGGACAUCGAGCGUAUCGUGCCACGAGUGCGCGCGGGCAAUUGCCGACCUCGCGAUUUCACUGCCGUGCUCAAGGCGCUGGUCCGCUUCGAGAAGGCAGUCAAAGAGCUUCGAGCCCAAUGCGAAGGCUUCGAGACCAACGUCAUCGUCGAUCUUCUGCAGUCGAUCCCGCCCGUUUCAACAAUGGCCCGCGAGCUGCAGUCGAGCUUCAAAAUCACCGAGGACGGCUCCUUCACUCCGAUCGAGGGCGCCUUCGAGCCUUACGAUCGGGCCGAGACCGGCAUCGCCGAGGUGGAAGCACAACUCGAGCACGAGAUCGAGUCGUACCGCAAGCAGCUCAAGCUCAACUCGUCCAAGUGUGCCUGGAAGCAUCUCGGCACCAAGGACAUUUUCCAGAUCGAGGUGCCCACAGCGACCAAGGUGCCCAGCAACUGGACCAAGCUCAGUGGCACCAAGGAUCGCAAUCGCUGGUACUCGCCCAAGGUCCGUGACCUCGUGCAAGAUAUCAAAGAGGCACGCGAGACUCGUCUUGCAGCUCUCAAGCAGUUCCACCAGACGCUGUUCACCGGCUUCUCGGAGCAGAGCGACGUCUUCCUCCAAGCUGUCAAGACUGUCGCCGAGAUCGACUGUCUGCUCUCGCUCGCCAAGGCAUCGUACGCCAUCGGCGAGCCGUCGUGCCGACCUGAGCUGGUGGAUCACGAGACGGCGCUGGUCGAGUUCGAGGAGUUGCGCCACCCAUGCAUCGCCGGCGACAAUGUCGAGUUCAUUCCCAACGACAUCCGCCUCGGUGGCCAGAACGACGAAGUGGUCAUCCUGACAGGUGGUAACAUGGCGGGUAAGAGUACCACCGCGCGCACCAGCGCCACGGGCGUGAUCCUCGCUCAACUGGGCUGCCGAGUGCCAGCGGCCAGCGCACGCCUUUCGCCCGUGGACCGCAUCGCCUCGCGAAUGGGCGCCAACGACCAGAUUUUCCGUAACAACAGUACCUUCAUGGUCGAGAUGCUCGAGGCUUCGCGCAUCAUCAACGAGUGCACGCCCCGCUCGCUGGUCAUUAUGGACGAGUUGGGUCGAGGCACCAGCACUUUUGACGGGCAGGCGAUCGCCUUUGCUGUUCUCCAUCACCUGGUCAGCCGAACGCGAUGCUUGACCUUCUUCCUUACGCACUACACCAAUCUGGCCUACGACUUUGACUCGUACUCGCGGGUCAGCAACAAGCACAUGCAGGUGCUAGUCGACGACGCCAAGCGCGAGGUCAUCUUUACGUACCGUCUUGUGGAUGGCAUCGCCGAGUCUUCUUACGGCACGCAGGUGGCAGCACUGGCCGGUGUACCCUACGAGAUUUGCGACCGCGCUGCAGCCGUCUCGAAGCAAUUCGCCGAAGCGACCAAGGCGAGCCAAGCCGAAAAGAACAAGAGCGCCAUCCCACUUGCGCUGCUCAGCGACUUUGUGCACCUCUUCAAGCUGGCCAAGGAGCCGACGCCCACGUCCAGCGACCGAAAUGCGGAAGCCAAGGCGCUGACUACACUUUCGCAGCUCAACAUCAUUCGCUCUCAAGUAGCUGCUUUGGCCAAUGGAGUCCACGCCGCCAAGUCACUCGUUAGCUCUCCCCCUUCAAAUGCCACAUCUUCCGCUCAAGACACGGAGAUGGUGAUGGACGACGACGAACAGGAAGAGCCCAUCGCUCCCCUUCCCCCGGCAAUCAAGAAGAUCACCACCUACGCAGGACGCAAUCGACGAGCCAUGACAGAGGACUUCACGCCUCGUACACCCUCGAGGCGCGAGGACGAUGACGAGGCGAUGCAAAUGGCGUCGAGCAGUCCGAUCCUGUCAUCCGUGCAUACUCCGCUGUUCCCUUUGAUGCGACAAGCCAAACCGGCGCCGCGCCGAUCACAGCCCAAAACGGCGUCGUCAGCGACAAAGGAGCCCGAACAGCUGAUCCUCGACCUAGGACAACGCAUUCGCAUCCGAUGUACCGAAUGCGACAUGCAGUACGACACGUCUUCCGCGGAAGACUGCUCGCUGCAUGCACGACACCACGAGCGCACGGUCAAAGGCCUAGACUGGAAUGCCAAGUCGCUCACCACGCUAGGCGAGGAGGUGUCGCAACUGUCGUUGCGUCGACGGGCGGCACCGGGCAAGUCGGUGCUGCGCGGUCGGCAGAGUGGUAGCGAGGGCGGCGACGUGCACUCGGUCGCGAUUCGAUGCUACGACAUGUCGACGCUCAAGGAGGCUACUGCGACGAGAAAGAUCAACGAGCUGCUGCAGACGGUGGACGAGGCGUUGGGUGCAGCAGCGGUCGACGUGACCGAGAUCCAGGGAUGCAAGGUGCUGGUGGCCAUCUGCGGUGGUCGAGCGGCAGGAGCUGCCGUAGUCGGACGUGUACCUGCAGGUCAAGCACGCGAGGUCCUCCCAUCGAACAACAACAAGGAAAACGACGGCCUCACAGACGAUCCGACGACAAAGCGCACGGUGUGGAACGACGCCGGCGACGCCAUCUUUGUCUCUGACGCCCUGGCCUCGUCCAAGACCCCACCCGUCGGCGUCUUUAGGAUUCACGUCAUCGCCAGCUGGAGACGCACAGGCAUGGCAAGUGCCUUGUUGGAUGCUGCGGCCAACAACAGCGUCUACGGCUUUGACAUGGAUGGGCUCAUCAAGAUGUACGGGAGCAGAGCCAAGUCCGUCGCUUUCAGUCAGCCUACGGAAGCAGGAAGGAAGCUCGCAGAGGCAUGGAUCAGAAAGGAUUCGGAAGGAUCGGCUCGAUUGAUUGUGUUUGAGGCGUAA